AUGCUCGAUGACAAAGUAAACGAUUACAAAGUAGUCAUUGCGUAUGACUUUGGCACAACAUACUCUGGAGCCUCUUAUGCAUUUACACACAACCCAAUACCCGAGAUUUUCGAUGUACAAAAAUGGCCGCAUAAAGGAGGACAUUAUUAUCCGAAAACGCCGACAUUAAGUGUGUAUAAACGAGCCAAUCCCUCAGUAUUAAGGGACUGGGGACAUGGUGCCAAAAAGGUUAUGCUGAGACCCCAUGCAGAGAAGGAAAAUAUACUUUUGAAGAAUUUCAAACUUGAUUUGGAUGAGACAUUACAUGACUAUGUGUUGGACGAUAUUUUGAAAGGAUUCGCUACAAAUUAUGAUCCGCAACUAUUUCGGUAUUGCUUAACCGUGCCAGCCAUGUGGUCCGAUUUAGCAAAAUAUUCUAUGAGAAGAGCCGCAAUACGAGCCGCACUGAUAAAAGAGACAGAUCCUCCUGAUAAACUGAUGCUGAUAUCAGAACCUGAAGCAGCAGCAUUAUACUGUGAGCGCAUGUGUGAGCAAGUUAAUUUAAGGAAGGGUGAUAGAAUUUUGAUAUGUGAUGCUGGAGGUGGAACAGUCGACUUGACAGUUUUUGAAGUUCUUACGGAAGAAGGAAGAUAUAAGCGAAGCCAACAUUUGAAAGAAAUAGCAAAAGGAAUGGGAGAAAGUUGUGGUAGUGUUUUCUUAGAUGAGAAUUUUCGUCUGCUUCUUCAAGAAAAGCUCAGUGAACAGUACGAUAAAAUACCUGCUGCUGCACUCAACAAUUUGAUGGAACAAUUUGUGGACAAUAUAAAACCAGAAUUCGACGGGCUAGAUGAUCACUAUCUAAAUUUACCUGCAAUUGUAAAUCUUGAAGAUCUCAUGAUUGAUGACUGCAGCCUCGAUGAGGGUACUUUGGUUUUACGGGCGAAUGAGCUUAAAGAAAAGGUUUUUGAACCUAUUAUACAACGUGUGCUCUCACUAUUGACCAAGCAAUAUGAGCAGAUCUCAGACAGAGAAACUCCAAUUGAUUGUAUAUUCCUAGUGGGCGGCUUUGGGUCGUCUAAUUACUUGUAUGAACGAGUUCAACAAGUGUUUGGCAAUAGGGUAAGGCAGAUACUUUGCCCACCAAGGGCUGCAAUGGCUGUGGUAAGGGGUGCCGUAUAUUUCGGCUUGGAUCCUCGAGUCAUCAUUUCGCGAGUCUCUCGAAGGACAUACGGUAUCAACGCAGGUUUACCGUUUGAUGAAUCUAGAGACCCAAUAUCGUCCCGCAUUGUGCGUCCAGAUGGCAGUGUUCGCUGUACAUCCAGGUUUUUACCGUUUGUACAAAAAGGGGAUGAGGUACCCGUUGACCACUGCAUCACGGAGAGGAUGUUUGUCUAUUAUGGAUCAAUGCCAUCAACAGACAUUAUACUGUAUGCUACUGAUAGUGAUAGACUUCCACGAUAUUACGAUUCGCCUGACGUACACCAAGUGGCCGCUAUAACCGUACCUAUUCCUUAUAUUCCAAACGCUACCAAAGGCGAAAAGGUUACUUAUACUGUGAGGUAA